CAGCUCCCGCGGGGCUGCGGUGACGGUGACGGCUGCGGCGGGACGCCGAGCGGGGAGGGGACUAGAAGAAGGGAGCGGAGGAGGGAGGAGGAGGAGCAAAGGUGUUGGAGAGAAAACUUCUGAAGGAACAGGAAACCUGCCGAGGAGGCGUCUGCUGCAGCUUCUCGGGGCGUCGGGGCUGCGCACGUCGUGGGGUGUCCACAGGGCGCCUUCGCUCCUGCCCGGAUCCUGCGGUGCGGAAGCAGGCUGAACCCCUACUCUCGGUCGCCGGGACUGUGCCCUGCGCCGCUGCAGCGGUCCUGCGCUCCAUUCUGCCUCUGCCGCUGCAGCUCCUUUGGAGAGAGCCGCGAGGGCGCAGGGAAGAGGAGGGAGGUUCACUUUGGAACAUGAAGCAGCAUGUCUGAUAAAAUGUCCAGCUUCCUCUACAUAGGGGACAUCGUGUCCCUGUACGCGGAGGGCUCUGUCAACGGCUUCAUCAGCACCCUGGGGUUAGUGGAUGACAGAUGUGUGGUGCACCCAGAGGCAGGGGACCUUGCUAACCCACCCAAGAAGUUCAGAGACUGCCUUUUCAAGGUGUGCCCUAUGAAUCGAUAUUCUGCCCAGAAGCAGUAUUGGAAAGCCAAGCAAGCCAAACAGGGGAACCACACAGAGGCCGCCUUGCUGAAGAAACUACAGCAUGCUGCAGAACUGGAACAAAAACAAAAUGAAUCAGAGAAUAAGAAACUGUUGGGAGAAAUUGUGAAAUACAGUAAUGUUAUACAACUACUGCAUAUAAAAAGCAACAAAUAUUUGACUGUCAACAAGAGAUUACCAGCUUUACUGGAGAAGAAUGCCAUGCGUGUGUCCUUGGAUGCUGCAGGAAAUGAAGGGUCUUGGUUUUAUAUUCAUCCCUUCUGGAAGCUGAGAAGUGAGGGUGACAAUAUUGUCGUAGGAGAUAAAGUUGUUUUGAUGCCUGUGAACGCAGGACAGCCACUGCAUGCCAGCAACAUAGAGCUUCUCGAUAACCCAGGCUGUAAGGAGGUGAAUGCUGUUAAUUGUAACACAAGCUGGAAAAUCACUUUAUUCAUGAAAUUUAGUUCCUAUCGAGAGGAUGUGUUAAAAGGAGGUGAUGUUGUUAGACUGUUUCAUGCAGAGCAAGAGAAGUUUCUGACUUGUGAUGAAUAUGAGAAGAAACAGCACAUUUUCCUUCGUACCACCUUGCGUCAGUCAGCGACUUCUGCUACUAGUUCUAAAGCACUCUGGGAAAUAGAGGUGGUUCACCAUGACCCAUGCCGUGGAGGUGCAGGCCAGUGGAACAGCUUGUUCAGAUUUAAACAUCUUGCAACUGGGAACUAUUUAGCUGCAGAGCUUAAUCCUGAUUAUCGAGAUGCCCAAAAUGAAGGAAAAAAUGUGAGAGAUGGAGACCUUCCAACUUCAAAGAAAAAACGCCAGUCAGGAGAGAAGAUCAUGUACACUUUGGUCUCAGUCCCACAUGGAAACGACAUUGCAUCUCUUUUUGAACUGGAUGCCACAACUCUUCAGAGAGCUGACUGCUUGGUUCCGAGGAACUCAUAUGUUCGAUUAAGACAUUUAUGCACCAACACAUGGGUAACCAGUACUAGUAUUCCUAUAGACACAGAUGAAGAACGACCUGUUAUGUUGAAGAUUGGAACCUGCCAAACAAAAGAGGAUAAAGAAGCAUUUGCCAUUGUGUCUGUCCCACUGUCUGAGGUCCGAGACUUAGACUUUGCUAAUGAUGCAAACAAAGUGCUAGCAACCACGGUUAAAAAGCUGGAAAAUGGCACCAUAACUCAGAAUGAAAGGAGGUUUGUGACCAAAUUAUUGGAAGACCUCAUCUUUUUUGUUGCUGAUGUGCCUAAUAAUGGACAAGAAGUUCUGGAUGUGGUUAUCACCAAGCCGAACCGAGAACGUCAGAAACUAAUGAGGGAACAAAACAUAUUGGCACAGGUAUUUGGGAUUCUUAAAGCACCCUUUAAAGAGAAAGCAGGAGAAGGCCCUAUGUUGAGGCUCGAAGACCUUGGGGACCAAAGAUAUGCUCCCUACAAGUACAUGCUGCGGCUCUGUUACCGCGUCCUCAGGCAUUCGCAGCAGGACUACCGGAAAAAUCAGGAGUAUAUUGCUAAGAAUUUCUGUGUCAUGCAGUCCCAGAUUGGCUAUGAUAUUUUGGCAGAAGAUACUAUCACAGCUUUGUUGCACAACAACAGAAAACUACUAGAGAAACAUAUCACAGCAAAAGAAAUAGAAACAUUUGUCAGCUUACUCAGGAGGAACCGGGAGCCAAGGUUUUUGGAUUAUCUGUCAGAUCUGUGUGUGUCUAACACCACUGCCAUCCCUGUCACUCAAGAACUCAUCUGUAAAUUUAUGUUGAGUCCCGGCAAUGCGGACAUUCUCAUCCAAACUAAGCUGGUCUCCAUGCAAGUAGACAACCCCUUGGAGAGUUGCAUCCUACCAGAUGACCUGGAUGACGAGGAAGUCUGGCUGUACUGGAUUGACAGCAACAAGGAGCCUCAUGGCAAAGCUAUUCGGCACCUGGCUCAGGAGGCAAAGGAAGGCACCAAAGCUGACCUGGAGGUUCUCACCUACUACAGGUACCAGCUAAACCUCUUUGCGAGGAUGUGCUUGGAUCGCCAGUAUCUGGCCAUAAACCAGAUUUCUACACAGCUCUCUGUAGAUCUGAUCCUGCGGUGCGUGUCGGAUGAGAGCCUCCCGUUCGACCUCCGGGCAUCUUUUUGUCGCCUCAUGCUCCACAUGCACGUUGACCGAGACCCCCAGGAGUCUGUGGUGCCUGUUCGCUAUGCCAGGCUCUGGACGGAAAUCCCCACAAAGAUCACGAUUCACGAAUAUGAUUCUAUAACAGACUCUUCCAGAAAUGAUAUGAAGAGGAAAUUUGCACUAACGAUGGAAUUUGUAGAGGAAUACUUGAAAGAAGUUGUAAAUCAGCCCUUUCCUUUUGGGGAUAAAGAAAAAAACAAACUAACAUUUGAGGUGGUUCACCUGGCUCGGAAUCUUAUAUACUUUGGAUUUUAUAGUUUCAGUGAAUUAUUAAGGCUGACAAGAACACUUCUGGCCAUCCUAGAUAUUGUACAGGCCCCCAUGUCAUCGUAUUUUGAAAGAUUAAGCAAAUUUCAAGAUGGAGGGAACAACGUCAUGAGGACCAUCCACGGGGUGGGAGAGAUGAUGACCCAGAUGGUGCUCAGCAGAGGCUCCAUCUUUCCCGUGAGCGUGCCUGAUGUGCAGCCCAGCAUCCACCCCACUAAGCAGGUGAGCCCCACGGAGCAUGAGGACGUGACGGUGAUGGACACCAAGCUGAAGAUCAUCGAGAUUUUACAGUUUAUCCUGAGUGUCAGACUAGAUUAUAGGAUCUCAUAUAUGCUGUCGAUAUAUAAAAAGGAGUUUGGGGAGAACAAUGAAAAUGCUGAGACGUCUGCCAAUGGCUCUCCAGAUACCUUACUACCCUCAGCUAUUGUUCCUGAUAUAGAUGAAAUUGCAGCUCAGGCAGAAACUAUGUUUGCUGGAAGAAAGGAAAAAAAUCCGGUGCAACUUGAUGAUGAAGGAGGCAGGACGUUUUUACGGGUCCUCAUUCAUCUGAUCAUGCACGACUAUGCUCCUUUGCUGUCUGGAGCCCUGCAGCUACUCUUCAAGCACUUCAGCCAGAGAGCGGAAGUUUUACAGGCAUUUAAACAGGUGCAACUGCUGGUAUCCAAUCAAGAUGUAGAUAACUACAAGCAGAUCAAGGCAGAUCUGGACCAACUUCGACUGACUGUAGAAAAAUCUGAGUUAUGGGUGGAGAAGAGCGGCAGCUAUGAGAAUGGAGAGAUAGGUGAAAGUCAAGUCAAAGGUGGCGAAGAACCAAAUGAGGAAUCAAACAUUUUAAGUCCAGUGCAAGAUGGAACCAAGAAACCCCAGAUUGACAGCAAUAAGAGCAAUAACUACCGGAUUGUAAAGGAGAUUUUGAUUAGGUUAAGUAAACUCUGCGUACAGAAUAAAAAGUGUCGGAAUCAACAUCAACGAUUACUGAAAAACAUGGGGGCUCAUUCUGUGGUGUUAGAUCUUCUGCAGAUACCCUAUGAAAAGAAUGAUGAAAAGAUGAAUGAAGUAAUGAAUCUAGCCCAUAUCUUCCUGCAGAAUUUCUGCAGAGGAAAUCCACAGAAUCAAAUUCUUCUUCAUAAACAUCUGAAUUUGUUUUUAACUCCUGGUCUCCUUGAAGCAGAAACCAUGCGGCACAUCUUCAUGAACAAUUACCAUCUGUGUAAUGAAAUCAGCGAGAGGGUUGUGCAGCAUUUUGUGCACUGCAUUGAGACACAUGGCCGCCACGUGGAGUACCUGAGGUUUUUGCAAACAAUUGUGAAAGCAGAUGGUAAAUACGUGAAGAAAUGUCAGGAUAUGGUAAUGACAGAGUUGAUAAAUGGGGGUGAAGAUGUGCUGAUCUUUUACAAUGAUAGAGCAUCAUUUCCAAUCCUUCUCCACAUGAUGUGUUCAGAGAGAGACCGAGGGGAUGACAGUGGCCCCUUAGCCUACCACAUCACCCUUGUGGAGUUGCUGGCAGCAUGCACAGAGGGGAAGAAUGUCUACACUGAAAUCAAGUGUAAUUCCCUUCUGCCCUUGGAUGACAUAGUGAGGGUGGUGACCCACGAUGACUGCAUCCCGGAGGUUAAAAUUGCGUAUGUGAACUUUGUUAACCACUGUUAUGUUGACACUGAAGUGGAAAUGAAAGAAAUCUACACAAGUAACCACAUUUGGAAAUUAUUUGAGAACUUCUUGGUGGAUAUGGCAAGGGUCUGCAACAGCACCACAGACAGGAAGCACGCAGACGUCUUCCUGGAGAAGUGCAUCACGGAGUCAGUCAUGAGCAUCGUGAGUGGCUUCUUCAGCUCUCCUUUCUCAGACAACAGUACCAGCCUCCAGACACACCAGCCAGUUUUUAUUCAGCUGCUGCAGUCUGCCUUCAGAAUUUACAAUUGCACCUGGCCAAACCCCGCACAGAAAGCCUCAGUGGAAUCCUGUAUCAGGACUUUGGCAGAAGUGGCAAAAAAUCGUGGGAUUGCCAUUCCAGUGGAUUUGGACAGCCAAGUCAAUACUCUUUUCAUGAAGAGUCAUUCAAAUAUGGUGCAGAGAGCAGCCAUGGGUUGGAGACUCUCAGCUCGUUCUGGACCACGCUUUAAGGAAGCUCUUGGAGGGCCUGCUUGGGAUUAUAGAAAUAUUAUUGAAAAGUUACAGGAUGUUGUGGCCUCCUUAGAACAACAGUUCAGCCCAAUGACGCAGGCUGAAUUCUCAGUGUUGGUUGAUGUAUUGUACAGUCCAGAACUGCUGUUCCCUGAAGGAAGUGAUGCAAGAAUCAGAUGUGGCACGUUCAUGUCCAAGUUGAUUAAUCAUACAAAGAAACUAAUGGAGAAAGAAGAAAAACUCUGCAUUAAAAUUCUUCAGACAUUACGAGAAAUGCUAGAGAAAAGAGACAGCUUUGUGGAAGAGGGUAGCAUAUUAAGAAAAAUACUCCUGAAUCGAUACUUCAAAGGUGAUUAUGGAGUUGGUAUGAAUGGACACCUGACAGGAAACUACGCCAAAAUUGCACAAGUGGGAGGAAGCUUUUCUGGACAAGAUUCAGAUAAGACGGGGAUUUCAAUGUCUGAUAUCCAGUCUCUGCUGGAUAAAGAGGGUGCAUCGGAACUUGUCAUUGAUGUUAUAGUAAACACCAAAAACGACAGGAUUUUUUCAGAAGGCAUUUUACUUGGCAUUGCUUUGCUUGAAGGAGGAAAUUCACAAACACAGAGUUCCUUCUACAAGCAGUUGCAUGAACAAAAAAAGUCAGAAAAAUUCUUCAAAGUUCUCUAUGAUCGAAUGAAGGCGGCUCAGAAAGAGAUAAGAUCAACAGUGACAGUGAACACCAUUGAUCUAGGGAGCAAAAAGAGGGAUGAGGACAGUGAGUUGAUGACAUCCGGCCCACGAGUGAGAGUAAGAGAUUCAUCACUACAUUUAAAAGAGGGUAUGAAAGGGCAGUUAACAGAAGCUUCUUCGGCAACAUCUAAAGCAUAUUGUGUAUACAGAAGAGAAAUGGAUCCAGAAAUAGACAUUAUGUGCACAGGCUCAGAAGUGGGAAACGUGGAGGAAAAAUCUGCAGAGGAAGUAACAAUGAGUCCCGCAAUUGCCAUCAUGCAGCCAAUCCUGAGAUUUCUUCAGUUACUGUGUGAGAAUCACAACCGGGAGCUGCAGAACUUCUUGAGAAAUCAAAACAACAAGACAAAUUACAACCUUGUCUGUGAGACCCUCCAGUUUUUGGACUGCAUUUGUGGGAGUACAACAGGCGGCCUGGGCCUAUUGGGUCUCUACAUCAAUGAGAAGAAUGUAGCGCUGGUCAACCAGACCCUGGAGAGCUUGACUGAAUAUUGCCAGGGUCCGUGCCAUGAAAAUCAGACCUGCAUUGCUACUCAUGAAUCCAAUGGAAUUGAUAUCAUCAUUGCUUUGAUUCUGAAUGACAUAAAUCCUCUUGGUAAAUACCGAAUGGACCUGGUGCUCCAGCUAAAGAACAACGCCUCCAAGCUUUUGCUGGCCAUUAUGGAAAGCAGACAUGACAGCGAGAAUGCAGAGAGAAUUCUUUUCAACAUGAGACCCAGGGAACUGGUAGAUGUGAUGAAGAAUGCCUAUAACCAAGGAUUGGAAUGUGAUCAUGGGGAAGAUGAAGGCGGAGAUGAUGGUGUUUCCCCAAAGGAUGUUGGACACAAUAUCUAUAUUCUGGCCCAUCAGUUGGCCCGCCACAACAAACUGUUACAGCAGAUGCUCAAACCGGGAUCAGAUCCAGAUGAAGGAGAUGAAGCCUUAAAAUAUUAUGCCAACCACACCGCCCAGAUUGAGAUUGUUCGGCAUGACAGGACCAUGGAGCAAAUCGUUUUUCCUGUCCCCAAUAUUUGUGAGUUCCUCACUCGUGAAUCCAAGUGCCGUGUGUUCAAUACAACUGAGAGGGAUGAACAAGGAAGCAAAGUGAAUGACUUCUUCCAGCAAACAGAAGAUCUCUACAAUGAGAUGAAGUGGCAAAAGAAAAUCAGGAACAACCCUGCUCUGUUCUGGUUCUCGAGACAUAUCUCUCUCUGGGGGAGCAUUUCUUUCAACCUGGCCGUGUUCAUCAAUCUAGCAGUUGCUCUCUUCUACCCAUUUGGGGAUGAUGGAGAUGAAGGUACCCUCUCUCCAUUGUUCUCAGUCCUUCUGUGGAUAGCAGUUGCGAUCUGCACGUCUAUGCUGUUUUUCUUCUCCAAGCCUGUGGGUAUCCGGCCCUUUCUUGUGUCAGUCAUGCUCAGGUCAAUAUAUACUAUAGGUCUUGGCCCUACAUUAAUACUUCUCGGUGCAGCUAAUCUUUGUAAUAAAAUAGUAUUUCUGGUGAGUUUUGUGGGAAAUCGUGGCACGUUCACCCGAGGAUAUGGAGCAGUCAUCCUGGAUGUGGCCUUUCUCUAUCACGUGGCGUACGUCCUGGUCUGCAUGCUGGGCCUCUUUGUUCAUGAGUUCUUCUAUAGCUUCCUGCUUUUUGAUUUGGUAUACAGAGAAGAGACUCUGCUCAAUGUCAUAAAAAGUGUCACACGGAAUGGCCGCUCCAUUAUUCUAACCGCAGUCCUGGCUCUCAUCCUCGUCUACCUGUUUUCCAUUAUUGGGUUCCUUUUCCUGAAGGAUGACUUCACUAUGGAAGUGCAUAGGCUGAAAAACAGAACUCCAGUUACAGGUAAUUAUGGAGUUCCUACCAUGACUUUGCCUUCCAUGAUGGAAGCAUGUGAAAAGGAAAACUGUUCACCCACAAUACCAUCUUCAAAUACAGCUGACGAAGAGUAUGAAGAUGGCAUUGAAAGGACAUGUGACACUCUUCUUAUGUGCAUUGUCACUGUGCUGAACCAGGGCCUCAGAAACGGUGGUGGCGUGGGGGAUGUGCUCAGAAAGCCGUCCAAAGAUGAACCCUUGUUUGCUGCCCGAGUGGUUUAUGACCUUCUGUUCUUUUUCAUUGUCAUCAUUAUUGUUCUUAACUUGAUUUUUGGAGUUAUCAUUGAUACCUUUGCUGAUCUCAGAAGUGAAAAACAGAAGAAAGAAGAAAUUUUGAAAACAACCUGUUUCAUCUGUGGACUCGAGAGGGACAAGUUUGAUAAUAAGACUGUUUCAUUUGAGGAGCAUAUUAAAUCAGAACACAAUAUGUGGCAUUAUUUGUACUUCAUUGUCCUGGUGAAAGUUAAAGACCCAACAGAAUACACUGGACCUGAAAGUUACGUGGCUCAAAUGAUUGUGGAGAAGAACUUGGACUGGUUUCCUCGGAUGCGAGCCAUGUCCCUCGUUAGCAACGAAGGUGACAGUGAGCAAAAUGAGAUUCGGAACCUGCAGGAAAAGUUGGAAUCAACCAUGAGUCUGGUCAAACAGCUGUCAGGUCAGCUGGCGGAACUCAAGGAGCAGAUGACAGAACAAAGGAAGAAUAAGCAGAGGCUGGGCUUCCUCGGAUCAAACACACCCCAUGUGAAUCAUCACAUGCCACCACACUGAUACCAUGGGGGGAAGCCGUGACUAGCCUUUCAUCAGUGUCCUGCCUGCUCACUGAAUAAAGGACUGAGAUGGAGGGGAGUGAACAGUGCCUAUUGUUGAAAAGUUAAAAACAACCAAGUGCCAAGAUGUUGAGUGGUUUAGCUCCCAGAACAAUUUGUAACUGUGUUUUCAUGGCUGAGAAGACCCAAGCUCAAAAGCAGCAACUCGAAAGCACACAUCACACAUCCUCAAAGCAACAUGAACUUGGUCACAGGGGCUAGAGAGGGUAGGGAGAGGCAGAGUGGGAAGUAACACCGGGCAGUGAGAACCACCUUCUGAUAAAUUGAUGAGGCUCAGUUUUUCCUUCAGUGCUGACUCUAGCCUUCCUCAGGGCUGGUUGGAAUUUAUUUCUUCUAACUGUGGCACAUAGGUCAAUGAUACAGGAAGUCAUACUUUGGUGGCUAAUUGUACUAAAGAAAAUAGCUGAAAAGAUUAAAAAUGAGAAUUGGAAAGGAGCAUGGGGAUACUUCCAAACCGUAGCUGUCGCUGGGCAGUUUCUUUAUUACAUGAAACCCAGUGGAUGUGCAGCUCAGGAGCGUGUGCUUUGGAGCAGAUGCCCGCCUGCUGGCCACAUAGCUGGAUUCGAUUGCUUUCUCCAGGCUUCAGAUGGGCUCUGUCGAUGUGCAUCCCAAAAGGUGGCUUUCAUAUAACUUGUUAGGAACACAUUUUAAGUCAGAAUAGGCUAAGAUUGCAAAAGGCUUGGGGAAGAAAAGCCUGACAGCAAGCCCCAGGGAAGAAUUUUUUUUUAGAACAUAUGCAUAUACUAUUAAAAUAUACUGCUUUUAAUAAGUGAAAAUAUUUAAAGGUGAUAGGAAAUAGUGAAAAACUUCUGAUGGUGGCCUUGACUUUUAUAAACAUGGAGUGAAAGCAAUUUGAUUUGUGUUUGUUGUGCUCCAAGAACUGAGUGUUUCUGUUUAUCCUGUUCCUGCAGUUAGAGGGGAGAAUCCAAGAAAUUGAUUAAAUUCUCAAGAAAAUACAGCAUUUCAAUUGCAUGUUUAAAACUGUGAACAGUAAGGGCUUUUCAAAGUGUAUAAAGAUAAUAAUCUCUUCCCCAAAUUGUUUUUAUAUUAAAUCAUGCAAUCAGAGUUUGUUGAAGGAGAAAAUAACCUGGCAUGGUCAGAUUACUUUUAGAGACUAUACAUUUGGAACAUUAAAGCAAAGUACAGAUAAUGAAAAUAUUAGGAGAAUUGCUAUGUGGCAUGGCAUUGAAGGCUCCUGACUCUAGACUCUGAGAGAGGCUUUGCAAAUGGGCCCUCUGGCCUCUAGAGCCUUUAAACUUUUGAUUAUUACCACCAAGGUUGAAGAGCCAAAGAGAGGUUGCUAUGAUAUUUUUAAAGUUUUGAGAUUUUUUUCUCACAUAGUUUUAACUGUUGACUCCUAAAAAUCUCAAAGCAUGGUCUGUAUAGAACACAAAGGAAACCAGAACCAAUCUUUCUUCCACACACUGUUAAAACAUAGACUUGGAAUACAGCUGUUGGAGCCCAGAGGAACAAAUUUUUGAACCAAAUCAACUGGCACCACUUCCCACCCCCAGACCACCCCAAACUAAGCACUCCUCACUCUGAUAUGAUAGUAUUUUUCCUGGCCAGGAGCUAAAGGACCCUGACAUUCAUGACCAAAAGAUGCAAAGAAAUUGUGAUAUAUCAGUGUACAGAACAACCUUUGAACCUAGCGGGCAUUCACUAAAGGGAGAAGAAAUCCAGCUGUUAUUCAGUUAACCUGAAUUCUUUAUUCAAACUUAGUACCAGGGGCUGGGGUUGUGGCUCAGUGGUAGAGCAUUUGCCUAGCAUGUGUAAGGCACUGGGUUUGAGUCUCAGCACAACAUAUAAAUAAGAUAAAAUAAAGGUCCAUCAAUGAUUAAUUUUUUAAAAACACUAUAUAAUAUAUUUGUUUUUUUAAAAUGGCUUCAUCAAAAUUAGACUAAAAUAGUCAUUUGAAAAAUCCACCAUCAUUAUCAUUAUCAGUAUUUAGUAAAAAGUGUACUUUUAAAUCUGGAAUUGGGCAGAGUUUUGUGGGGAAGGAAAAGAAGAGGGCAAAGGCAAAUAUUGAACAUAUUCUAAUAUAGGAAGCUAUCUCUGCUUCAGCAUAAAAUAUUUCUGAUGUCUGAACUGAAAGUCAAGAGAAUCAAUUAAUUGGUACAGACGUGAGCAAUCUGUGUUUUAGAUGGCAAACUAUCUGGUCUUUCCUGACACGGCAAUUGUCCAUUCUAGAGUGAAAAAGCUAUUGGUCCCGUAACUACUAUUGGGAAAUGAGCGAACAUCUCCAGCAAUUGUGUGGGCAGCUCAUUGUUUCAUGGCAUAUUUUCUCUCAUGGGAAAAAAAACAAAGUGAGUACAGACUGUCAUUUCAUCCAGAUCUUAAAAUUUCUCAGUUGUAUUUUUAAUACCUAAAUGUUUUGGGGUUAUAAAGCAAAAUAAGAACAGCAAACCAAAAAGGCACUUUCCAGGACAUUAAAUUCAUGAACGAGAAAGAUAAUAAUAAAGAAAUGACAACUUGUAGGACUUUUUUGGUUAUGCAUACGUUUUUUAAUGCAGCUACAACAUUUGGUCAGGUGAGUAUCAUCAACAUGCUCAUAUAGUGAUAUUAAAAUAAAUGCAAUCAUCUUUGCUUUGAUUUUUAAUAUUUGGUAUUGAAAUCCAUAUGGGUUUAAAAGUCUCAGUUUCUGCUGAAUAACAUUUUUAAUUCCAAAAGGGUUUUGUUUCACUGUGUGCUACAUUCUGAGACUCAAGAGUAUGUCUUCUAAAUUAAAAUAUCUUUUUAGGGAUUAGAGAUGUUAUAUCAUCUAGGACUAUAAUAUUAAUAAAAUAAACUGUAUACAUGAAAAUAAUUUAUCAUAUUUUUCUGUCAUUAAAAAGUUCAACUUAGAGGUCUAACUAAAGAGAACUUAGUUUCUAGUAGAUUGUUAAUAGUCUCAGGAAGAGAAUUCAUUCAAGUCAGAAGUAAUUGUGUGCUUGUUCCCAUAUCUGCAGCUCAUGGCUCAGCGCUUUGGCUGUCCUUUUAGCUUCUAGCUAUCCUAUUAUAAGCAGUAGUGCAGUGUGGCCCACACCCUUUUUCCUCCAGGACUGAGAACAAGCAGGAAUCUCAGGAAUUGGUGAGGGAAAGCUAAAAUGGCAACUUCUGUUUCCCUGUAUACUAUUCAUAGGGAAAAGGAGGACUAACCUUAGAUAAUAGGAAGGAAAGGGCUUGCCCUCCAGGGACCUGGUAAAUUGGACAUAAGUAAGUAAACAUUGCAUACGCACAAUAAUGUAACAGAUUGUAGGCUCAAGAGAUAAGCCUUUAAACAUGAAGAGAACAGUGCUUGGUGGAAGAGCAACUGUAAGUUGGAAUAUUCCCUAGAGCUGCUUUAAAGCCACACUGAACAACACAUCAACAUAUUCUGAAAUAGAGACCCGUUCCACAAUGCUGAGACACCCGACAGGAUGCACUACAGAGGGAGCAGGCAUCUUAAACAGCCACAGAGGCCUGCGGGAGCCAGCAAGUCUCUACAGUGUGGGAAACCACUAAGUGAGCGCCAUAUUUAGGGAGUGGGGAGGCCGUGCGAAGCGCUCCAUCUUCAAAAUUUGACAACCAAUUCCAGUUUUUAGAAAAUGCCUCAGGCCUAUUGAAGCCUUCUAGUCACUCAUUUGCUGCUGUCUCUGAAUAAUUAUUGAUAAAGCUAUCGUGUUUAGUAAAAGAAAACACACAGUACCAGAAUCAAGCAGGGAGCUAAAAAAACACAUGUGAAAAUUGAGAAAUCUGAAAGCAAAUCUGGGUUGCCAUCUCUGAACUGGAAGGUUUCCACAGACUUGAAUAAUUUAUGAAAUUAUCAUGCCAGUACUUCUCAUAUCACCAAGUAGACUUUUUAUCCCCCUGCAGUAGAGGAUUACUAUAUUUGCCUAAAAAAAAAACAAAAAAAAAAACAUGAUUCUAAUAUAAUAUGUCAAG